CCAUCUAGUGGCGAGUCACAGCAACUGCCGCUCCUGUGUUGUGGAAGUUGCCUAGCUACCUCACAGAGAGUAAGAGUAGAGGGCGAACUGCCGUGGAGCCGGGACAUUGGGAUUCCGGCGCGUUCUGUGCUAUGGCCCCCGUCCCCGUUGGGUGGACCGAGAGGCAGGUGGCCCCGGGACCCGUGCGGGUGAAGGAUAGCCAAACCUCCAGCACCCAGCUCCUGGAGAGGAUGAUAAAUCACACCACCCUGUCCACACAGAGAGUUCUUCACAAUCAUAUUUUGGAACUCGGGGAGCAACUGCGUCCAAGCUCCUCCUCUCCCAGCCCUGGCCCCUCCCCUGGCCCCGCCCAGUCUCCAUACACCCUGUCCUCCAGGCAGCUUGUGGGCAAAGCAAUUGAGGGUGACAGACCCUGGACAGAAGUGUUCAGUGAGUUGGCGGAAGAGGAGAAGGAGAGGGCUCUGCAACAGCAGAAAGAGACCCUGCAGGCACGCUUCACCGAGGCCCUGUCGGCCCGAGAGCGGCUGGAGGCCGAGCUGAGGCAGGGGCAGCGGGUAGAGCUGCUGGCCAGGUUCGAGCGGGAGCGGGCUGGCCUGAGGGCCCAGGCGGAGAGGGAGACGGGGCUGGCCGUGGAGGAGGCCUGUGAGAGGCUGAGGGCCCAGGCGCUGAGGGAGGCUGACGAGGCGAGGCAGAGGGAGGCCGAGGCCUUCCAGACCGAGGCACAGGCGAGUACCGCUAAUGCGUGGAAGAGUGAGGUCAAAGGUCAUUCUGCUCCCGCCUCUCUCCUCCAUCUCUCCCCUUCUUCAUCAAUCGCCCCCCCCAGCCCAUUUCUAAAUCACCUCACCGUCACUGGCACAGUUAAUAUUUAUAAGUGCUCUUAAUGUUCAUUUCAUCCGAGGGGAGUCUGUGUGGACACAUUACUUAAAUGGAUUUAUAUGUAAAUUCGCGCGUGGAAGUCGUCUGUCUGUCUGUCUGUCUGUCUGUCUGCGCGUGUCAGGAGAGACUGAAGGAACGCGUGCGGGAGGUGGAGAAGAGGGUGAGGGGAGAAUGCGAGGCGGAGGCGCAGAGGGACAGACGAACGCUGCAGGACAGACACACGCAGGAGCUGGACCAGCUACACGCCAAGUGAGGACGCACACACACACACGCACACACACACACACGCACACACGCACACACGCACACACGCACACACACGCACACACACACACAAACACACACGCACACACACGCACACACGCACACACACACACGCACACACGCACACGCACACACACACACA